GGCUUCCGCGGGGAUGGUAUCGGUUCGUUUGUGUCGCGGCUGCGCCGGACUGGCCUGAGCACUUGGGUUUCUGGUGACGGGUGGCGGCGGCCGCAGGCUCGGGACCUGCUCGUUUCCUCCUCGGACGCCACGGGCUGACCCUUGGCCGCCGCUCAUUGGCUGUUCUUGCUGACCUUGGUCCAGGGUCGAAGCUGAUGGCAGCUUGGGCCGCCGUCAGCCUGAGCAGGGUCGCUGCUCGGGGCUUGCGGGGGGCGCGAGGCCCCGGGGUCCGGGUGGCUCUUCCGCCCACCCUCGCGGCCUCCCAGCCUGAGCUCAUGGGCUGUACCCCGGCUCCGGGCAGGACGCUGCACCUCACCGCGGCGGUUCCUGCCGGGCACAACAAGUGGUCCAAAGUCCGGCAUAUCAAGGGUCCCAAGGACAACGAGAGGAGUCGCAUCUUUUCCAAGCUCUGUUUGAGCAUCCGCCUGGCAAUUAAAGAAGGAGGCCCCAACCCUGAGCACAACAGCAGCCUGGCCAACAUCUUAGAGGUGUGUCGCAGCAAGCACAUGCCCAAGUCAACGAUUGAGGCAUCGCUGAAAAUGGGGAAAACCAAGGAUGUUUAUUUGCUGUAUGAGGGCCGAGGCCCUGGUGGCUCUUCUCUGCUCAUUGAAGCAUUAUCUGACAGUGGCUCCAAGUGCUAUUCAGACAUCAGACAUAUCCUGAACAAGAAUGGGGGAAUGAUGGCUGAUGGAGCUCGCCACUCUUUUGAUAAGAAGGGGGUGGUCGUGGUUGAAGUGGAGGACAGAGAGAAGCAAGCUGUGAACCUAGAGCGUGCCCUGGAGCUGGCAAUUGAAGCAGGAGCUGAAGAUGUCCAGGAAGAUGAAGAUGAAGAGGAAAAGAACAUUUUUAAAUUUAUCUGUGAUGCUUCUUCACUGCAUCAAGUGAGGAAGAAGCUGGACUCCCUGGGCUUGUGUUCGGUGUCCUGUUCACUAGAAUUCAUACCCAACACAAAGGUGCAGCUGGCAGACCCCGACCUGGAGCAGGCCGCCCUUCUCAUCCAGGCUCUUGGCAACCAUGAGGACGUGAUCCAGGUCUACGACAACAUUGAGUAACCAGGCUCUUUGUGCCCCCGGGGGCCUUCCUAGGCAACUGGCAGCUCAUUCUGGAGCACAGGCUUCUGCAGCGACCCUGAGACUGAAGCAGAUUGGAGGCCUAGCAGGUUAGGAGGCAUAAAACCAAGCCCUGCAGCUUUGUGGCCAGGGGAAUCACUACAUCUCUGUGGGGCCUCUUUGUCAGCUCUGCUGGUGUUGUAGAGCCCUCCUGGAUGCAGGGUGCCGCCAGUCAGCUAAUCAGACUCUGAUCUUAGGAAGUUGGCCCUUGUGGGAAUGGCAGGUGCCCUGAGGGCCCUUGUACUAGAAACUGCUCUUAAAUAAUGUUAAGUGAUCUGGAUUGCUACACUCCUGUUGUGUGGCUUUUGUGUUUUCCUGGGUUUUUGUCCAGCUGGGUUUUUGCUCGACUUCCUCUGAAGUCUAUAGGUUUAGUUCCACUACUCCAGUCCCAGGCCCUUUUUUUUUUGACCCAAGAAAUGUAGCUCUCUUAAGGCACCACUCUGUGCUCUAAUGCUGAUCUGGUGACCUAAACCUGUCAUCAAUCAUGCAAAUAGUAUUUGUCAAACACCUGUGUACCAGGAACUGUACUUAACCAGGAGCAAGAUCCUGCUCUAAGACAUAGGACCUCAGAGGUCAGACACAGGACUGCUGUCUGCUGGAACUGCCCUAGGGCAGUGUGAGCUGCUGUGCAUGCAUCCUUGUUCUCUUCUUGUGGCCUCUGUGCCCUCCUUCGGCCAGAGAGCUUAAGGCUCUAACCCAGUAGGAAAUCAAGUGCCAAUGAUAAGGGACUCCCAGGCUCUGCUUCACCCAGGCCCCCAUGUGUUCUGAGAUUGGUCAGAGCAGACCUGUCAGCAGAUUGGACUGCUGUCAGGAAAGGCUAUGCCAAGCUGGCUUUGAAAGCUGCUUGGUCCCCAGAAUAUCCACCCUAGCUCUUUUUCCUCUCUGCUGCCAAAUGAUGGGGCACUGGGAACUGAAGAGGAAAUGAGAAUAGAAGGAAGGGUGAAGGACUGAGUCAGAGCCUGGCCAGCUGGGAAAUACAACCCUUCGUACCUUUGGCUCCUAAGGGUCACUUCUGGGUUUAGAGAGACCAGGAGUGCCAGUCACCUGUGCAGAAACCCAUCAGACAUGUCAGGCCUGGAGUGGCUUUUUAAUCCCUGUUACUCACCUACUCAUAAGUUGUUUAAGCCAGUUCUGAGAUCAGAGUAAUUUUCCUGAAGGAACUUCAGGUAAAUGAGGAAAAUAACAAAAACCAAAUUGGCUGGCUAUAAAUAAUAAC